GGUUUCGGAGCUGCAGAGGACGAUGCUUUGCCACACAGGGUAGCCGGCUCGGCGCUCUGGGCGGGAGCCCCGUAGGAGACCCUCGAGAAGUCCCUGUGCACGGAGCGCCGGCGAUCCCUACAAACAUGCCUGUUCGCAGGGGUCAUGUGGCACCGCAGAAUACGUUUCUGGGCACAAUCAUACGCAAAUUUGAAGGGCAAAAUAAAAAAUUCAUCAUUGCUAAUGCUAGAGUGCAGAACUGUGCUAUCAUCUACUGCAAUGACGGGUUCUGUGAGAUGACUGGAUUCUCCAGGCCAGAUGUCAUGCAGAAACCUUGCACCUGUGAUUUUCUUCAUGGACCAGAGACCAAAAGACAUCAUAUUGCCCAAAUUGCCCAAGCACUGCUUGGGUCAGAGGAGAGGAAAGUAGAAGUCACCUAUUAUCACAAAGAUGGUAAAGUGUCUUUUUAUUUUCAUUAUUUUUUGUUUGUUUGAGCUGCUGGCUGUAGAAGUGUUUGAGAAUGAUUGACCCUU